AUGAAGACGUUGACGGAUACCAGGUUCCGCCACAGUGCCGCCUCCAUGGGCAAGAAGAAGGAUUCCGGAUCGGAGGACGAUGAAAGCUCCAUCUGUAGCUGUGCGGCCAUUAAGAGGAGUGUGGUCUAUUACCUGAAGAACAGCACGCUCCAUGGAUUGAAGUACAUAGCCGAGGAGAGCAUUACGAUUCCGGAAAGAGUCUUUUUCGGAAUCGCCUUCGUCCUGGUUGUGAUCCUGUCCGGUUUUUUCAUUUCCAACGUUUACGUAAAGUGGAGCGCCUCGCCGAUAAUAAUUUCGACAAGUGCCAAGCAGAAGCUAACGAGCAACAUGCCUUUUCCGGCAAUCACCAUCUGCAAUCUGAACCAGGCGCUGCUCAGCAAGGUGGAUCGCAUCUCCCGUUCUAGCACCAAUUUCUCGCUUCUGAUGGGUCUGUGCGACCAGGGCGCAGACACCACCAUCUCGUAUAUUGGCACUUGGAAAUACUUCAAGGCGAUCCUGGUGGAGGUGGCUCAGCCUUGCGAGAAGAUGCUGCUGUAUUGCAGCUUUGGGUCGCGGAAAGAGGAGUGCUCCCUGCUCUUUAACUCCAUACUGACGGACGAUGGUCUCUGCUGCAAUUUCAAUGCCCUGGAUCCCUCCUAUCUGAUUCGGAAUUACAGCGACGACGUGCGCUGGGAGCCGGCUCAGCCGAAUAUGCGAUACGAGCCCAUCGAUUGGACUCCGGAAAAGGGUUAUGCCCACAAGCUGCCAGAGUUCUAUUACCCCCGAACUUCGGGCGGCACUGGCAUCAGGAUGGGCCUCACUGUUGUCCUUAACGCCUCCAUAGCGGAGUACUAUUGCACCAAGUCCAUGAGUGUGGGCUUCAAGGUGCUCGUUCACAAUCCCGCCGAGCUGCCGAAGGUCAGUAAUUACGGUUUCGUGGUGACCGCCGGCCGGGAGGCGCGAAUACCCAUCGAACCGGUUUAUGAGGACGCUCUGCCCACCAUAAGAUCUAUAAAAAAAUCGGUGCGGCGCUGCCUGUUCUCGGAUGAGAACGACUUGGCCUACUACCGGACUUACUCCCGCAAGAACUGCGAGCUGGAGUGCGAGGCGACGCUGCUGCUCCGCGAGUGCAGCUGUGUCCUGUACUAUCUACCCCGGAUCGAUCCGAUGGCCAGGGUGUGCGGACCCAACGACAAUGCCUGUACGGACCGCGUCCAGACGGAGAUCGAGUCCUCGAUGACAAAUCUCUCCUGCGAGAGCUGCUGGCCGGGCUGCUUCGAGCUCACCUACAAGGCGACCCUUUCGACGGCCUCGAUUGUCACUGAUCCGCGCUUUCAGGCGGGCGAGAAUCUGCCAGACUAUCUCUUUCACGGGCCCUAUAGCAAUGCCAGCGAGAUGUCCAUUCUGCAUUUCUACUAUAUGAGCAACAUAUUCCGCAGCACCACCAAGUCCGAGAUGUUUGGUUUCACAGAGUUUUUGUCGAAUACCGGUGGCCUGCUGGGCCUCUUCAUGGGCUUCAGCAUCUUCUCCGUGAUCGAGAUUGUAUACUAUAUCACUGUACGGCCGUAUUGCGCCUCUCGGACUCUCCGGCAGCGCCACCAUCGCCGUUUGGAGCAGUUGCACUGGCUGACUCCUGUCCGGGUUCCUGUUCGUAGAAUUUUGCGUCGCCAGCGAGGAACUCUCCCCCGGAAUCCGCCGCCCGCUUACAGUGACCUGGAGAUGCGUCAAAAGAAGAAGCCGGGAAAACCGGAGCCGAAGAAGAGGAGUCUGUGGCAGACGCUGCAAGUUCGGCCAGUGAACCAAGGGGAUGUGGAGCCACCCGUCUAUCCCUACUUGGAAUAA